AUGCUUGUCGUCGGGUUUCUGCCGACGGCGGUGGAGGACAGAUCGCACUUUGGCGCGUGGGCCGUCCUCUCGUCGCCCCUCACGCUCUCCUUCGACCUCACGGACACAGCGACGCUCGACCGCGUGUGGCCCAUCAUCUCCAACGUCCACCUCCUCCGCGUCAACGCCGCGUGGGCCGGGUCACCCGGGCGCCUCGUCCGUGCGACGGCGGAGCACAUGCUCUUCGCCAAGCCUCUCGGCGGCGGGGAGCACGCGGUGUUUGUCCUAGCCACCGGGUCCACGAGCACGAGCGUGGAGAUCCGGAUGCCGGACGUGGUCGGCACCACCGACGAUCAGACCGUGCUGCGCGUGCUCGAUGCGUACGACGACGCCAGAGACCUUGGUCAAACGCUCGUCGAGGGGCGCGCGUUUGCUACAGGACCGAUCGAGCCGCGGGACAGUCGUUUUUACCUGUUUGUGAGGAGGGUCACGGACUCAUGA